GUGAGCGGGCAGACAGACAGGAUGCUGAGGCCUGCCAGUCCCACGGCACAUCCAUCAUUUACCCGGAGCUCUUAGGCUGUUCCGGGCUAUGGCUGCACCAGUCGCACAUUUCGACGACGACUGGCCGGUUUCAGGUGAUCUGAACAUGGUUUCAGAGCAGGGUCUGCUGCCUCAGAAAGGCCGCGCUGCAGCCGUCGCCACCGCCGCCAACACCACGGGGGAAGCGGCACCGCAGCUCCUCCUGGAUGAUGAUGAUGAUCUCCCCGAGCUGCACGACAGCAGCUUCUCCCCGGGGGAAACCGGUGCUUUCAGAUCCAUGGAGGACCUGGUGAGCGAGUUUGACGAGAAGUUAUCCGCGUGCUUCCGAAAUUUCAACGCCAAGACGGACAGCAUCGCUCCCGUGAGUGUGGUCGGAGAGGACACGCUGCUGGAGAAAGACGAAAUGUGGAACGCUUUAACCAGUAACUAUGGGCAUGUGAUGCCGGUGGACUGGAAACAGUCUCGGACGCGUUCCCUCCACACCCCCACAUUCAACCUGACAGAGAAACCUAGAAAGACUGAUGUCACGGCGGCGCUGUCGGACGACGAGGAGCUGAGGGAGCAGCUGGACAUGCACUCCAUCAUUGUCUCCUGCCUUGCAGAGGAGCCUCUUUUUACAGCAGAGCAGGUUAUUGAGGAGAUAGAGGAGAUGAUGCAGGAUUCCCCUGACAUGGAAGCAGAGCACAACCCCUCUCAGUCGGACCUCUCGAUGCUCUCACUGGACGUCCAGCGGUCCACCAGCAGCUCCAGCUACGAGGAGAGGGUGAGGACCUUGAGUGUUGCAGAGCUGAACGAACGUCUGGAGGAGACGGAGACGAACAUCAGGAGGUUCUCGGAGGAGCUGGUGCAGCAGCUGGCUCUUAGGGAUGAGCUGGACUUUGAGAAAGAGGUGAAGAACAGUUUCAUCUCAGCGCUCAUUGAUGUACAGAACCGGCAGAAGGAGCACCGCGAGCUGCUGAAGAAGAAGAAGAAGCUCAAAGGCGGAGCUGGGACGUCGCACGGCCACGCUGAGAAAACUCUGGGAUCUUAUUUGACCACAGUCAUCCCUUAUGAGAAAAAGGGACAUCCUCCUUCCAUUGAGGACCUCCAGAUCCUGACCAAGAUUCUACAAGCUAUGAGAGAUGACAGCGACAAGGUGCCCAGUCUCUUAACAGACUAUAUUCUCAAAGUGCUUUGCCCAACGUAGACCAGAGGGAUGGUGCCUGAUACUCUGCGGAGGCUUCAGAUAGUUUACCAUGGCAACAAGAGGAAGAGGACUCAUUGUAUUUUUUUCUCCCCCCAAACAUGAAGCACACUUAAUUUAUUCCUGCAUGUUUUUACCUCGAGAUGUGUCUAUUUUUUUGUUUUAUGUUCUUCAUUUAGUUGUAUUUAUUUUAUGUGGAGUGUUGUGAUUUCACAAACCUUGUGUGUUCCCGUGAAUUUUGGCUUCUUUUCGCGUUUUUCUAAUUUCCUUGCACUGUGAAAAAGAUUCUAAAAUGAGAAACUAUAUGAGAAACAUACCCAGACAGAUGUACCAGCAUAGGAGCUGCACUGUUUGGAAAAUAUUGAGCUUUGCUUGUUGGUUAGAAGUAAGAGCAAAGCUGCGAUGCAAAGGGCUUUGUCUUUAUCUUAAGUGCUUCUUAUCCACUGAGCAAUGAACAAUUGCACAAAGCACGUUGAACACAGAAGUGGCAGUAAUAGAGAAUUAUAGAAACAGAUUUAAAGUGUUGAGACUGUAAAAUUGAAGAGUAAAAUAAUAAAAAACUUUAUUGAUCCCCAGAGGGAAAUUAAGUAUUACAGUGGCGUGUAGGGACAGGAUUCAGACAAAUAGAAAAAUAUAGAUUAAAAACAAUAAUAAAUUGGUUGCACAAGACAAGUGUGCACAAAUACUGAACUGUAUGUGCACAAGCAUCACAUGAUUCAGUGCAUCCUUCCAUGUACCUGCAGACUGUGUGCUGUUUGCUCUCCCAUGUUGUCAUCUCAGCAGUACACCACAUACGUCGUUAUUAUUCAAUGGAGGAUGAAGUGCUGAUGGGCGAGGUGAUGUAGCCUGGACUGAAAUGAACUAAUUAAGCAACUAUGCAUUUAAGUGAAUACCGAAUUGUGACCCAUGCACUGUCUGUACUUUUGUGGCGGUGACAGGCUCUGAAUCAGAGACUCGAGCGCCAACGUGCCUCCUGUGCACAGGGCAGCGUACACCACGACUGGGCAUUGUUUUUCUGUGUGUAAUUACAAGCUGCCUUUGCCUUUGCCUGAACUUUUGUACAUUAUAAAUGACUUAUUCUCAGUGAAUGUGAUGUUAUUGCUUACAGAAUCGGUUUCAUCAUUCAUUUAUUUUGUAAAUAUUUUAUUUCAAAUAUA